AAAGCUCUUUUAGAUCAUGUACCUGCUCCCACUACUUCUACUGGACUAAAACAAAACACAUAACCACAAACACUGAGAUAUGAAGUUACUCUCGCUAGCAACUUGGUUACUUGUUUUCCUUUUGGACAUACCAAAUCAUGUAGCCAUUUACCAUAAAACUGAACCAUGGCUAAAUGCACCAAAAGGACCUGUACCCAUACCCACGCCAUGGCCCGAACAAUUCCACGCCCUUCUAUUCAUGAACUUAACUUCAACCCAUCUCCAACUAAGCGACCUUUGGUACGACUGGCCCAAAGGUCGCAACGUUAACAUUUUUCAAAAACAACUUAGUAUAUUACUAUAUGACAUUGAGUGGAACAAUGGCACGUCUUUUUACUACACGCUUGGGGAAGACGGUGAAUGUCAAAUGGUGGAUUUUGGUGUGGGGAUACCUCGGCCCGACUUUCUUACAGAUGGUGCACAUUAUUUAGGAAGGGUGGUGACCGAUGGUUUCUUGUGUGAUGUGUGGGAGAAAGUGGACUUCAUUUGGUACUAUGAAGAUGUCAUUACCAAAAGACCGGUUCGUUGGGACUUUUAUGAUGGGAUUUCUACUCAUGUGAUGACUUUUGAGAUUGGAGCUGUGUUGCCAGAUUCGAUAGUGCAAGCACCAGCGUACUGUUUCUCAGAGGCCGUGGAUGGAAAAAGGUCUUCUACCCAUAAUAUGAAUGUAGUUUGAAUCUUUUGUUGACAAAUCUUUGAGUAUUUCACUAUGUCUGUGUUAUUGCGGCUUCGUAUCCCUAUUCCUAAAUCCUAAUACACAAAGCUUGUUUAAUAAGAACAAAGUUAAGUCGCUGUAUUGUUUUAGGCAAAUUGCUAACUACAUUAGCUCACAUGAAGUGGUUCAAUUUCUUUCCAAA